AUGGCCACUUAUUCCUUUGACUGCGUUCGCAUCCGUGCUAUGCUUAUUAACGUACUUGGUGGCCCGAAUGUGCUUACAUUGGGAGUGAGGUGUCUUGUCUUUCAAAAACCAAAGUCUAGGCUGAAGCUGUAUGUGACGGGGUCUAAGGUACCGUCAGUCGACGUCUAUAUUCCCUGCUGCAACGAGCCUGUAGAUGUGGUGAUCAAUACUGUCCGAGCUGCUUGCUCAUUGGACUACCCAACAGAGUGUUUGAGGAUAUUCCUGCUUGACGAUGGUCGCUCAAAAGAACUGGAGAAUGCGAUGCAGAUCGUCAAAGAAGAAUAUCCGUUCACAUAUUAUACAGCACGACCCAAGCCUCCAAUACCGAAUUUCAAGGCUGGCAACAUCAAUUGUGGCCUAGUUUUCAGCGACACUAUGCUACCAGGCCCACCUGCGGAGUUAGUGGCGGGUAUCGAUGCAGACAUGAUCGUUGACAAACACUGGCUACGAACAGCUAUACCACAUUUUCUCCAGAACAAGAAGGUCGGUAUGACUUGUUUUCCGCAGAACUUCUACAACAUUCCCAGGAACGAUCCGCUACGCGAAGAUUUGGACACCAUAUUUCAUAUCGAUGACACUUUACAGACCUGCCUUGGGUUUGGUAUAUGUACUGGUACGGGAUGGGUCGUGCGUCGAGAAGCCCUUGAUUCUGUUGGGGGAUUCCCAGAGGAUGUUGUAAGUGAGGACACAACGUGCUCGGCGAUGUUACAAGGAGCUGGUUGGGAAGUGCUAUCGCUUCAUGAAGUGAUUCAACACGGCAUACAGCCUGACACGCUCCUUGGACAUUUGAAGCAAAGGACGAGGUGGAGCUUAGGCAAUAUUCAACUUGGCCUGAAAAUGAAGUUUCGAUGCUUUGGCCCCUUGAACGCGAAAUUGCAGCCACUGCAACGUUUCGUUGGACUGGCGAUUGACCUCAACGCCUGGACAAACGUUGUAAAUAUCGUCGCAUUUCCUGGUCUGGCAGCCUUGCUUCUUUCCGGUGCACCUGCUAUCAUAUACCAACAAAAAGUCCAACUUAUCUGGCUCUUGCGCUUCGCUUGCCUAAGUGUUUUCGCCGACUUCAUACACAAGUGCAGCUUGUUACUUAUUGCCGACUACCGCACAGCUUUCAAGACAUCAGAAUCUGAUUUCUGGCAAAUACCAUUCUUUGCCACCUCUAUCGUCCCGGCACUCUUGACCAAACGGUCUCACGCCAGCGCAAGUCGAUUCUGGAAAACCUCAGGUCCAGGCAUAGCGACCCUAAAAGAAAGAGGCAAAGACCACGGUGGGCCGCUAUUCCCUAGAAUCAAGGCAUACAUCCUCGAAGGCAUGCUUUGGUUCCAUGUCCUGAUCAUCUUCGCCUUCCUCUUUGGCUUCGUACUGGAUGUCAUGCGUGCCACUGAUCUGCGCGACGAGAUUCGAUCAGUCUGGCAGACCACAGACUUCACGAACGAGAAACCAGAGAUACGAUGGCUAUUCUAUAUACUUACCACUAUUGGAUGGCCACCCUUGAUUUGGUUGGUUGUUCUAUGGUCUAUGUGGACGCCGGUGGGUUAUAUGCUGUGCCCGCCCAAAGACGAACCGAGAGAGGAGCACUUGACUCUCGACAAGGGUACCAGCGUGUACUAUCCUACGGACAAGGCUCGCAAGGGUACAGAGUUUACACCUCUUGGUAGACCAAGCGAUCAUCUGUCUGUUUCAAUUUUUGUCUAUUCUAUUGUAUGUUUCGUUGGAUCGUGGUAUCUGUGA